AGGCAAAAGCCUGUUGCAGGUGCGUUGAAAAUUCUGUUGGGGGCGCCUAAAGCGUCUCCUUUUUGGCACCCUCUCCUCCUCUUAAAGAAGAAUUGUCCUACAUUCAAACGACGGGGUAAGCAAGCCCUUCGUUACGCCACUGAUUUAGCUGCUUCUCUCCCCUCCUCUAGUCUCUCCCUCUCAGCUUUACCUGAUAAUAUUUGCGACAUCAUGGACUCGUCAACAGACUGGACAUGCCUUAUUUGUUGUGAGCUGUCUGGGUUCAAAGUUUUGGGCAAAUGCAACCACGCAAUCUGCUUAUCUUGUGUUGUAAAACAGAGAGACAUUUGUGAACAGAAGUACUGUCCAGUUUGUAGAGAGGAUCUUGAGAAGGUUAUUGGAGUCUACCAACAGACUCAAGGCACCUAUGAAGAUCUGGAAAAGGUCUGCAGGAUUUCAGGUUCAAAACCUGGGUACAAGUUCCAAGAUAAUAAAGUGCUCCAUGCUUUCAGGGAGUUGUUUGCUAUGAGGUGUAAAGUUUGUAAACGUGACUGCAGGACGGUUCAAGCCCUCGAGGAGCAUCUAAAACGGGAACACAACAGAUUCUUUUGCCAGAUAUGUAAAGAAAACCUGAAAGUGUUCACAAAAGAUCUCAACGUUUACUCUAAAGAAACUCUACGAAAACAUCGCGUCAAAGGGGACGAUGCUGACGCUUCUAUGAAAGGUCACCCUAUAUGUGAGUUUUGUCAAGACCGGUUCCUCGAUAACGAGAUAUUACACGUACAUCUCCGCAAGAACCACUUCUGGUGUCACCUCUGUGAUGGACAAGCUUUCUACUGCGCUUAUGUUGAUCUCAGACUGCAUUUCCAACAAAAUCAUUAUCUUUGUGAUCGGGGUGAGUGCGCUAACGAACAACUGACAAAUGUCUUUAGAUCAACAAUAGACCUACAAGCGCACGUGACCAGCAGACACGUUAACGAACUGGGAAAGGCUCAGCACAAACAAAUGAGACAGAUUCAGCCUAAUUUCACGACUAGCAGGUCAGCUGGUAGGACACGUGGUAUGUACGGAAGACCGCAGAAUGAUAGACCCUCCAGUAGCAGGAUGAACAAUCUAGAUAUAACAGAUCUGGGAAACUGGGAUGAAACAAACUAUUCAAACCGUGGUAACCGUCCUCUCAGAGCUAAACCUAACCUUGGAAACAGGGCAAGGGUUAGAAAUCCUCCGCCUGAAAGAGAUCGGCCUCCCGAGAGGCAACCCUCACCUGAUAGGCGACCUUUAUUAGAGAGUAGGACAAACUCAGCUUCCCGAGACUCCGUCCACUCAGCUGGUGAGUCUCACUCUGGUGGUGAGAGUGGGAGACAGACAAAAAGUAAGAAUAGUGGCCGGUCUGAGUCACCUGUUGUUUCUUACAGACGUGAUAAUAACGGCGGGAAUCAGAAGAGACCGUCUGAAAGGAGGAAGGAGGUCAGUAGAGAACCUGACAGUGAGGUGAGAAGUGGUCCUCCAUCUGUACCAGACAACGUUCCUGCUCCAACGGCCCCUCCGAGUUCUAAAUUUAACUUUAGUGCAGCAAGUACAGCGCCUGCACCGCCUGCGCCACCUGCACCUCUACCAGUACAUUCUACAGAACCAGACGUUGGACACCCUCCUGGUGAUGUUGACAUCCCUAUUGGGGAUGAUGAAGACUUCAGAAGUCGACGAGGUGGUAAGAAAGCCUACUCUGGUAAGAAAGCGUUCCCUCCUCUAACCAAGGGCGUUAAAGCAACGGACCCUGCUAAGAACACUACGUGGGCCAAGGGAGCUCCUACCUUCAAACAGCAACCCAAAUCUAAACAGAGUAGGAAGCAGCAGAAAAUACAGCACGCUGAAAACUUUGAUGAUGAAUUAGACUUUCAGUGGAUAGGAAAAACCCAACCAUCAAACCAUGUCAAAAACAAACAAAAAAGUAAGAAGAAACCAACUGAAUUCGAACCCAAACAAGCGAAAGCCUCGAAGAGUAAUCCCACUGAAUCUACCAUAAAGGCUGCUGAAAUGGCUCUGGGUAAAGGUGGACUAAUGGAUGAGUUGUCGGAAAUCGCAGAGCAGUUGUCUUCUACGAAUAUGGACCAACCUCCCGCUCCAGAAGAUUUUAAUUCUAUCAUACUUGGCCACAAAACUCCUUCUGACCCAGCUGAUUUCCCCUCUCUUGCUACUUCAGCUUCCAAGACAAACGAAGCUCGGUGGGUUCCUCCGCAAGGAGGAGUCCCAAUAUCACAGCAACCUCAAGAGUUGAGCAGUGAAGCAAACUUCCCCUCGCUACCUCCCUCGAAUAAGUCUGCACUUGGUUCUAAACGUGGAAGAGGGACGAAAUCGUGGGGAAAAGGGAAUAACCUCGGCCUGAAGGAUGAGACCAACUAUCCUCGCUUGGGCUCAACGAAGCCUCCACUGAUGGCAAACGGGCACGGACAGAACACGAAACUGAAUGUUUCUAGCGCCCACUCCGCUCCAGGGUCCAGAUCAGCAUCACCUCCUGUAGCGGCUCAAUCCAGUAUGGUGAAUGAGGAGAUAUCGACGAAACAGUCCCGAACUCCACCCCCAGAUUUGAGAACUAUACUUAACAUCCCACAGUCUAACUCUGCUUCUCAACGAGUGCUUUCUUCCGCGAAACCACCGCCUGAUUUUAAUUCUAUCAUUCUUGGCCAGAAAACCCUCACAACCGAAUCUGCUCCCACUUUGUCACAUUUCUCAAAUCCACCACCAGACAUUCAUUCUAUCAUCAUGGGUUACUCUCCUCCUGAGCAGUCUCCCAGCUAUGAUGUCCCGACUGAUAUUCCAGAAGUUUCCUCCAGGCUGAACCCUUCUGUUCCGGUGUUUAAACCAACCAAACAUGAGGAAAGUCCCAGAAAACCAAAUAGUAAAUUUUCAUCUAAAAUCAACCGAGCUUCCCAACAAACUGCUGCAGCAUCAUCUAAAAAGGAGCCAGCUGAACCACAUCCCUCUUUUGUGCCGCCGCCUGGCAUUACCUCCUCAGAACCAAGUCUUGAUUGCACCGAUCAAGUUAUCGGGAACGAAAAUGUGGGUCGGACGGAUAUGGUUAUGUCUCAGGGACCUCCAGGAAUGCCUCCCGGAAUAUCCGGACCUCCUGGAAUGUCCGGACCACCGGGAAUGUCCGGACCUCCAGGGAUGGCUCUCCAGAACCUAGCUGAAGCUUACAGCGACGUAACGCUCCCUCCAGGAAUCUCAUUAGUUAAACAGAGCGGAGCGACACCAAUUACACAAGGCCCUCCUGGUAUGAUCCAGCCUCCAGGAUUCAAGAAUCCUCCUCCAGGAAUCGGGACUCAGAUGAACUCUGGUGCUCCUACAAAACAUAAGGAAGCAACAUACAUGAGAGUUGAAAACGGAGAUUUGAGGAACAUUGGACUGAUGGAACACCUUCGAAAAACGCUCGGUCCUAUGCUGUUCGAAGAAUUUCAAAAGGCUGUUGAUGCAUUCAGAACUAACAACAUGGACGCCCCUUCAUUUAUCCGCAUCAGUAGGAUGUUCAUGGACGCGGCUGAAAGUAAUAGUAUUCUAGAAGAACUUGCUGUACUGAUGCCAGACAUUCAGCGACAAAAUGCUCUAUACAAGGGUCUGGGACAACCACCAAAUCUUAUACCUUGCUCACAGUGCAGACAAGUUGUCAAGAGAGACGAACUUGCCCAUCACACCGGACUGCAUUCACUUUCAAUCGAUCCUCACGGAUUAAGGACAAAGAUUCACCAUGAUGUCUAAAGUUAUUUUUAUGUUUUCCUAAGUCAUUAAUUCAAUCAUGGUUCCUAAUAGCACUGAUUUUUUCCGUUUUGAUGUUUUAUUUGAUAUGAUAGAAGGGAAUUAAUG